AUUACUAGCACUAUGAUAUACUUCCUUCAGGCAUAAGAAAUUCUUUUUAUAUGUCUGUCCUUCAUGUAUAAAAAAGAAGCUUUGAGUGACAUCGUUGCUACAUGCUUUUGAUUGCCUAGCUUGUUGCUCCUCCGCCAAAAUCUCCAGUCUCAAUAUACUUCAAGCCAUCACUGCGCCGGAGAUCGUCUCCACCGUCGGGAUAUUAAUUAUCAUUGCUAACAAUUGUUCUCCUUUGAGAAAGUCUGAAAUUUAAUAUGGAACAAAGGAUGGAGAAGACUAGAAAUGGAAGUGAAGAGAAUCUUAAACUCGGGAGUCUUAUAGAUAUUGUACUCUCUUGGACCCUCGAGGAUGCUCUCAAUGAAAAUCUUUACAAAGACAAGGUUCAUAAGAUUCCAGAGACAUUUAAGUCAGCAACAGAUUACAAGAACUCUUUUAUUCCUCUAUUGUUUGAGGAAACACGCGCUGAUUUAUCUUCAAGCUUGUCUGGUGUGUCUCAAGCUGCUCUUUGUGAAAUCAAGAAUGUCGAACACAGCAAGCAGUUGAAACUUCGCAAAGCUCAAAAUCAAUUCAUUCAGUUCCAUCAUACCAUAUGGUUGAAGAGUACAACUGAUUAUGAACCUGCGUCAGGAGAUCUUAUUGCUAUUACAUACAUCAGGCCAAAAAGCUUAAAUGACUUGAACACACUUAACAGUCCCUACCAUAUUGCCUAUCUUAAUGGGGGUAAAAAUAGAUUUUCUGAUAGAAUCACAGUUCUAUCUUCCAAAUGCAUGAAGAUGGAUGUUGACACUCUAUCCAGGAAAAACAAUACACAGAAAAUGUAUGUUGUAUACAUUAUGAACAUGACAACAAAUGUUCGUAUUUGGAAAGCCUUGCACUCAAAGUCAAAAGGUGACCACCUCAACAUUAUUGAAAAAGUUUUGCAACCUAAUCUCAAUAGUGGAGAGAACUGCAAAAUUUGCAUGUCUGGAUCAAAUAGUCAAGCCUCUUUCAUUACGAAAGACAUAAUUCGAUCUCAGAAUCUGAAUGAAUCCCAACAAGAUGCGGUUACAAGCUGUGUUCGUAUGGUAGAUUGCUCUCAUGCUAAUACCAAACUGAUAUGGGGACCACCAGGGACAGGAAAAACAAAGACUGUUGCAUGCUUGCUUUUUUCUCUACUCAAGUUGAAAUCAAGAACAUUGACCUGUGCUCCAACUAAUACUGCAAUUUUGCAGGUGGCAAUUCGUUUGCAUAGUUUAGUUACAGAUUCACUUGACCAUGAUACAUAUGGUUUAGGUGACAUUGUGCUAUUUGGCAAUGGGAAAAGAAUGAAAGUGGAUAGUUAUCCAGGUCUUGAAGAUAUCUUUCUUGAUUAUCGCGUGAAAAAUCUCAUGCAGUGCUAUGCUGAAUGGAACCAUAGUUUGGUAGCAAUUAUCGAAUUUCUUAGUGAUCCUAGCAAACAAUAUUUCUUGGAGAUGUCCAAAAAGGAUUUUGUUAUGGAUAAAAAUAGGAUUUUAGCAUCUGCAUAUCAUGCAUACAAGAUAAAUAAGGGGAACCAUGGUCUAAUUAUGAGGUUUGAGAAUUAUGUUCAGAAGGCUCGGACAGAAAUCACUAAGCUAUACCAAUUGGAUGAGAAUGACAAAAAGGAAUGUAUGUUGACAAUUGAGCGAUUUGUGAAACAGAGAAUUGAUAAACUAAGAAUGAAUAGAGUCAAUUUCUUCAUGACCGUAUUUACAAGCUUAAUGCAGCUGUUUGAGGACCCUAGAGAGCAAAUUUUCUCAAAGAUGGGUUACAAGUCCCUUGAUGAUUUUGCUACAAAUAGUAUUGUAGUAUCUGCAUAUAGUGCAUACAAGCAAAAUAUAAGGUAUGAUAAAUAUGAUGAUUCUUUGACUUUUGAGGGAUAUGUGAAGAGAGCAAGGAAAGAUAUUAUAGAGCUAUACCAAAGUAUCAUGACCAUGGAGCAAUUUGUGAAGCAGAGAUAUUUAGAAUUAAGAGAGAAGCUAAAGUUCUUGCUACUUACCUUAUACAUCCACAUGCCAAAAUCUUUCAUUUCAGUGAACAAUAUUCUCCAAGCUCUUGACUCGUUAAAAUCACUGGAAAUUUCCUUGAGUCAAGCCAAAUUUAAGCAAGCUGUUGAUGAUUGUGAAGAAGAAAGCAUUCCUGCUUGCUUUGGACCAUCAAGUUUGGAAAGAAAGGAUUGCCUUCACAUACUAAGUUUCCUUUCCAAGUCAAUUUCGCUUCCUGAUUUUAAAGUGAGACAUCAAGUGGAAAAGUUUUGCUUGUCAAAUGCUAGUCUAAUUUUGUGUACUGUAUCAAGCUCUAUCAAACUUUACUCAGAAGAGAAGAGUCCGGUGAAAUUUUUAGUUAUUGAUGAAGCAGCUAUGCUAAAAGAAUGCGAGUCAACCAUUCCAUUGCAGCUUCCUGGUCUCUGUCAUUGUAUCCUAAUAGGUGAUGAGAGGCAACUUCCUGCAUUGGUAAAAAGCAAGAUUGCAGACGAGUGUGAAUUUGGACGAAGUAUGUUCGAGAGGCUAGUUACUUCAGGCUACAAGAGGCAUAUGCUUAAUGUUCAGUAUAGAAUGCAUCCAUCAAUUAGCUUAUUUCCAUGCAAAGAGUUUUAUGAUGGAAAAAUUUCUGAUGCCGUCAUUGUUGGGAAAGAAAAAUAUAAUAAGCAUUUCCUUGAAGGAAAAAUGUAUGCUUCUUAUUCUUUUAUUAACAUAGCCAAGGGAAAAGAACAAUUUGGUCGCGAAAACAGUUUGAAGAACAUGGUUGAGGUAGCUGUUAUUUCCAAGAUACUUGAAAGCCUAAAACAUGAAUUUAUGAGGACAAAGAAGAAAGUGAGCAUAGGCAUCAUAUCUCCAUAUAAUGCUCAAGUUUUUGAAAUUCAAGAGAAAGUUAAGCAGUACAUUGCGGUUUCUGAUACCGACUUCUCUGUUAGUGUCCGGUCUGUUGAUGGUUUUCAAGGCGGCGAGGAAGAUAUAAUAAUAAUAUCAACUGUAAGAUCAAAUGAGAGUGGAAAAGUGGGGUUUCUUUCCAAUAGACAAAGAGUUAAUGUGGCAAUCACUAGGGCUAGAUAUUGCCUUUGGAUAUUAGGAAAUGCAGCUACUCUAAUCAACAGUGACUCGGUUUGGAGAAAUGUAGUUCUUGAUGCUAAGAGAAGAGAUUGUUUCCAUAAUGCUGCAGAGAACAAGAAAUUGGCCCGGGCUAUUAAUGAUGUCUUGUUCGAGAUCAAACUACUUGAUGGAUCUGAGUCGCCAUUUAAGAAACUCAGUUUAGGUGGAAAAUCAGAAAAACCAACUACUUCCUCCAGCUCUAGGGCACCUAAACAAAGGUGGUGAAGCAUGGGGCUUGUAUGAUUACAUUGAAACUAUCCUAACUCAUCUUUCUUAUCAAUGAAUGUUAGUGUUCUAUUUCCAGUGAGACUCUUACAAAAAGAAAGGGUGAAGUUUUUUUUUUUUUUUUUUGAAUAGUAAAUACUAAAUAUUCAAUUUCGAAAUUGUAUUCUGUUUAGUUAAUGUGUUUUGUCAAAUUAAUGUGAAUUAGUUUUGUUUGGAUAUUGGUACCUAACCAAAUUUCAUGUACUUAAAAGGAUUUGUAGUCCCCCGCCUUACCACUCUACCAUAUCGCCAAAAUUGUACAGAAAAAUAUAUCCGAAUACCACUUGUCCUCUCAAAAAAA